AUGAGAGAGCUGGGAAAUGUCAAGAAAAAAAGAGCUGUUGGUACUAGAAAGAGAAAGACACUCAAAGAUUAUGCUGCUGCUAUACCAAAAAGAACUACAGCUGACAAUUUUGUGCAACUCAUCAAGGAUAGUUUAGACAUUAUGGAUGAAUUUCCCAACAUGAAAGGAUUGCAUAUGGCUAUGUAUAACGCUCUGGUCCAUUCCCAUGAUGUCGUUGACCCUUUCAUUUUAGAAAGGGGUUAUAUACCAGUACACCUCCCUCCAUAUUCGCCUGAACUCAAUCCUAUUAAUUUUUUUUGGAAAGACCUGAAUGAUCGAAUUAGAAGAGAGAAAUUGAAAGAUACAGGAACACUUUCAAGGAUAAUUGGAGGCAAUGAAGAUUUUCCUGUUGAGCAUAUACAUACCUUCAUCUAG